GUAUGUAGAAACAUAUCUAAAUAAGAUUCUGGUUCAUUAAGCAACUGUGGUCGCAGGCAUGCGAACAUUCCUCUACAAUUUUUGGGUGAAUAUCGACUGCCUAAACUGCUUAUUGUACAUCUGGCAGUGUCUAGGUUAUCUGCACAUGCACGUUGUUGUUUAAUAUCAUUUAAUACUCAAUGGUUCAAAAAUAGGUUUUAAAAGGUAAACAAUCGUAAAUCAUGUUUGUUAUCAUCAUCACCAUCAUUAUUAUCACUAUUUGUAAACAAGCAACAAUACUGAUGAAUGAAAAUAGUGAGUACUCCAUUGCUGCGGUCAUUAUCACUGUUAAUAUACAUCAAGAUCAUGUGAUCAUAAUGACCACCGCGAGAACACAAAAUACUCCGAACCCUCUGCGUUAUUUCCCAGGCGUCUCUCACUUCUCCGAGAUGAACUGGCGGCGGAAUGGCGGUCGUGGCGGCGCCUCCUUCGCAACCAAGCCGAAGAGGACACCUCAGGAGGACCUUCCCCCUCCUGCCCCUAAUCUGGUAAGGUUCGUGUGCGUAAGCGAUACGCACAGCCGGGUAGUGAAGGCGGGCGUCCCAGAUGGAGAUGUCCUCCUCCAUGCAGGAGAUUUCACAGGGCGAGGCACACUCAGCGAGGCCAUGCAGUUCAAUAUUUGGCUUGGGACGCUACCUCACAAGCACAAAGUGGUGAUAGCAGGGAACCACGACAUCCUCCUAGACGCAGAGGAAUGCGGCCGUGCUCUUCCCGCUGACCCAACGCGAUUCCUCACCAACGCCAUCUAUUUGUGUGAUGAGAGUGUGACUCUCUUCGGCAUCAAAAUAUAUGGUUCUCCGUGGAUACCCGAAUAUCAUUCGCCCAUGAAAACGGCAUCCGAUAGGUGGAAAGCAGAGAAAUACCCACACCUAAGGGCCUUCGAGUUACCCCGAGGAGAACCCCUCCGGCAGAAGUGGCAAGCCAUUCCGGCGGACACGGAUAUCCUGCUGACCCACACGCCGCCCCUGGGUCAAGGCGACCUGACCGCAAGGAAGAAAAGGGCUGGCUGUGAGGACCUUCAGGAGACCGUACAGCGUCGUGUCAGGCCCAAGUACCACGUCUUCGGUCACAUACAUGAAGGCUACGGUGUCUCGAAGGACGCGAACACAGUAUACAUGAACGCCUCGAUCUGCAACUCGAGGUACCAGGCAAUCAACGCGCCACUCGUCUUCGAUUUACCUUUGCCCGAUGGAGUGUCCAAGUCUUGAAUCAGAAUGGUUUUCUUGCGGGUUAGAAAUAACACAUUGUCACAGAAUAAAUAAAUAGAUCCAUCGGUGUGGAUAAGGUAAAGAGAAACAGCAAGAAAGAAAAGAUUUUUUUUAUUUAGAAUUCUAAUUAACCUCUCUCUCAUCCUCUCCUGUUUCUCUCCUCUUUAUAUCCCUCGCUACACCCCUCCUCUCUUUCUUCUACACAUAUCCCCUCUCUCUCUCUCUCUCUCUCUCUCUCUCUCUCUCUCUCUCUCUCUCUCUCUCUCU